GUGCUGUCGGCCGCGGGUCUCGUCGACCCAGGCACUCUGGAGUGGACAGGCCGCAACGUGACCCUAGUGCAGACGGGAGACAUCGUCGACCGGGGCAGCGACGGCAAGAAGAUCUACGAGCUCUUCUUCCGACUGGCAGGCGAGGCCCAGAGAGCGGGAGGCUCCGUCGUCAACCUGCUCGGCAACCACGAGCUGAUGAACCUCCAGCAGGACCUGCGCUACGUCUCCCAGGGGGACUUCGAGGCCUUCGGGGGCCGCCUCGCCCGGCAGGAGGCGUGGGCGCCCGACGGCUGGCUCGGACAGCGGGUGCGCACCUUCCCCGCCGCGGCGCUGGCGGGCGGGGUGCUCUUCGUGCACGCGGGCCUGCUGCCAAGAUUCUUGGACGAUGCCGAGGGCCUGCGCGGCCUCAACGACAGGAUGCUGGCGGCGGUCGCCGCCGACGCGAGGCCGAAGCUCAGGCUGGAUGGGCGCCAGCCUAUCGGCACCGCUCAG